GGGACAGGGCGCGACUAUAUUGAUAUUUGUGGUACCGAUCAGCUACUCGCAUAUAUUUGGUCCGAAAAGUGAAAACAUUGGUGGCAACGGUUACAUACAAAUCUUCAAGCUAUUCAAGAAUUGUGAAACGAAAGAAGUGAAAUACAACAAGAACCACCACGAAAAUGUCGCGGCCGGAGUAUCUGGCGCCGCCCGAGGUGUUCUACAACGGUCCCGAGGCGGCAAAGUAUGGUGGGAACAGUCGUAUGAUCAAGAUUCAGACGCAGAUGACGGAGCGUGCGUUGGAGCUGGCGAGGGUUGAGCCCAACAGCGGAAAAGCAAUACUGGACAUCGGAUGCGUAUGGAAGUGUCAGAAUCGAAAUCAACAGAAUCGAAAUAAUUUGUGAUGCAUAAAAUGUAGGGCACGUAAGGCCUGUGCUGGGGAGAAGGCAAAUGAGACCGAUUGCAAGCCUGUUUAGGGGAAGAAGACGCGUUGCCAGAGCAGCAUGACAGGAGCAGUCUUCUUUGCCCAAACAGCAUGACAGACUGGAUUUUGCAGCUCCCGAAAUUUGUCAUGCGCCACUUGAAAACUGAGGGUCCAACUGGUAUCGAUUUUAUGCACCACAAAUUUUUUGAUUUUGAUGAUUUCGAUCCUGACACAUCCAUAAUGCGGGUCCGGCAUUUCCGGGGAGGUUCUGAGCGAGCACGGGCACUACUGGGUUGGGUUGGACAUCAGUCAGCACAUGCUGCUCGUCGCGUUAGAGCGGGAAUCCGAGGGGGACUUGAUGCUCUCAGAUAUGGGGCAAGGCUUCAAGUUCCGACCGGGCGUGUUUGACGCGGCAAUAAGCAUAUCGGCGCUUCAGUGGCUGUGCAACGAAGACAAGAAGGGCGUCAACAAACCGUUUCAAAGGUAUAGGGAUAUUUCAAACAGCUUAGCCACAUAUAGAAGUUUCAAACCAAGCAUUUUGUGCAUUUUCUGCAGUAUGGACUUUCGAAAAAGAAAUGCACGCCAAGGUAAUUUGCAAGUACUUAUAAAUAUCUGAAGUGCAUCAAGAAUUUCAAUUCCCGAAUGAAAAUUCUACUACCUGCUCCUCAGGGCGGUUCGAUUUUUCCAAGACCUGUUCAACUGCCUGAGUCGGGGCGCGCGGGCAGUGCUGCAGUUCUACCCCGACGGGCCGGACCAGAUCGAGAUGCUGACCAGUGCCGCCAUGAAGUCCGGCUUUACCGGUGGGCUGGUCGUAGACUACCCACACAGUGCCAAAGCGAAGAAGCACUUCCUGGUCUUAAACGCCGGCGGCGUUGUCGGUGCGAGCGCCAGCGCAACGGCGCAGGAGCAAGGGAAAAUGGACGUCGAUUCGGACUGCGAAGACGAUUCGGACGGGGAAAACACUGCGAGAAAUCAGCAGCAGGAAACGAUCAAGGUCGAGCAGCGGGAAAAGGUCCAGAAGAAGCGAAAAAACAAAGCUGGCAAAGUGUCUUCCGUGAAGACAAAAGACUGGAUCGUGAAAAAGAAGGAGCAGCAGCGAGCCAAGGGUCAAGUAGUGAAAAAGGACAGCAAAUUCACGGGCAGAAAACGAAAACCCAGGUUCUGAUGAAAAUUUACCGACUUAUAUUAAUUCACGACCCAGCGACAUAAAAAUAGUGAUGAAUACACAGUGGAAAGGGUGAACAUGCUGCAUAUAUAUAAUCUCUCCGUGACAUUGGGAGACACGAAGAUAUUGCGCAUAAAGCAAUAACGACCUUUGUGUUGAUCAACUCUCAGAUCCAAAUCAUGAAAGAUAU